AUGGGCGCAAUGAAUUGUAAAGAUCCAGCUAACCCUCAUUUUCACGAUGUUGGGGUGCGCGCAAGUUGCGGCAAUAACUUUCCCAUUGAUGGUUACAAUUAUCGAAGAAAAGUUAGGCACAUCUAUCACUCCCAACAUCCUCUCAAUCUCAUUACUCGGAAUGAUGAAACCGGGAUCGGAAUACAAGAGCAAGGGGAGUCCAACUUCGUCUUCAAUAAAUGCAACUGGUGUGGAAGAGAUCUCGGCAAUACGUUCUAUCGUUGCUCUAUCUGUGGCUUUUGCUUGGAUCUUGACUGCUCGAUCAAGACUCCACCUCAAACCAUCACAAAUCCAAAAUGUCAUCACCAUCCACUCCAUUUCUUCCCUCGACCAUUUUUACUCCCAUGUGAUGCUUGUGGGUUGGUCAACAUUUCGGAGCCGGUUUAUACUUGCUCCCAGUGUCAUUACCUGGUCCAUCAAAGUUGUAUCGACUUACCACGCGAGAUAAAGAUCACGCGUCAUCCACAUCGUCUCUCUUACACUCCAUUUUUCCCACCUGACUUUUCAACAUGUCAGAUCUGUUACAAGGAAAUUGAUAUCAAGUAUGGCCAAUAUUUUUGCAAUCACGACGGAUGCUCUUAUGUAGCUCAUUCUAAAUGUGCAACGCAUAAGAAAGUAUGGGAUGGAAAUGAGCUUGAAUGGGAACCGGAAGAGACCAAUGAAACUGAAGAUAUUGCGCCAUUUGAAAAAGUGGGUGAGGGUCUGAUCAAAUAUUUUUGUCAUGAGCAUCAUUUGAAGCUCCAGAGCUAUGACAGAGUUAGAGAUGCAGAUAAGCAAUGCGAGGCCUGCAUCUUUCCCAUGGAUUCUCCUGAUUUCUACACUUGUAUGCAAUGCGAGUUCUAUCUCCAUGAGGUAUGUGCUAGUCUUCCUCGAAAAUUGUGUCAUGCAUCACAUCACCAUCCUCUUUUCCUAGAACCAUCUCUACCAAACGACAGAAGGUUAUGUUCAACUUGUGGCCGACUAUUUACCGGUUUUCAGUACACAUGUUCUAGAUUCGAUUGCCACAUGAUCAUGGAUAUCCGAUGCGUCUUGGUUCCCGAUAUUUCCACUUAUAAAUGUCAUGUACAUCCCCUAUUCAUAAACACAUGCUUUGAAAGCGAAGAUACGUUUUACUGCCAAGGUUGUAAGGGGCCAAGAAAAACCCGAAAAUCUCGACUACAAUGUACUCAGUGCGAAUUUAUAUUGUGUUAUUCUUGCGCCACCCUUCCAGAUGAGGUGUACUACAAACAUGCUGAACAUCCACUCUUUCUUUGCUAUGGUGAAGACGUGGACGCCACCUAUUGGUGUGAGACUUGCGAGAAAAAGAUAGACCCUACGAGAUGGUUCUACACAAGCUCAAAAUGUUGCAUUACUAUACACGUUGGAUGCUUAUUGGGAUCCUCUAUGUAUAUGAAGCCUGGCUUUAAAUUAUGCCAUGUUGGUUGUACUCUAGAAGUUGUUCGCAAUAGUGGUAAUAGUCGACCGGUUUGCAGUUGCUGUAUCAAACGUUGCCAGGAUCUGGUAUACUACAAGCAUCAAGAGACUUCUAUUUGUUCUAAGGUGUGUGUAUUCAGGGACGAAUCUAGGAGAACAUUUAGUUUGGGCCUUUACAUAAAUCCUGACCCAGUCGGGGCACGUGACCCCGUUUGA